AAGACAACGAAAAAAAAAAACGAGAUGAACGCAUCCCAGGAACGACGGACGCACCGAAACCAGCACCACAAACCCAGGGAACGACAGCCGGAACUCAUUAAAAUCACAGAGGAGACCGCACGGUUCGGCUUGCUACGGUUGAUCGCCAUCCAGCUUGGCACGGCCGGGUUCACGCAUGUCGAACAUCGCUCGCUGAUCGAAGACCUCGAAGGAUUAGUCAGUGGCCUCUUAGAUGGAAUCAUUCAACUGGCCUAUGAGCUUGCCCAGCUCUCUAAUCGAUCAAGACCUAAUGUUCGUGACAUGAUCGCGGCUUGCGCUGAUCAAGGUAUCGAGGUCCAUCAUCUGAAUGAGCUCCUGUCUAUCCAACCCGCUCCUAACGAAGAGUUGAAGUUAGAGAUUCCAAGGGCUAGGUCGGACCAGCCGAUAGACCCCACCCUGGAUUUCCUUGCCUCGGACCCAGAGAGCGGGGACGAAGAGGACCGUAACGGAGGCGAUAUGGUGAUGAGCUCUCAUUCCAAGCGACAUCGACCCAACUCUGAACGGAUAGGUGGCUUGCCUCAUCUGCCCUCAUUACCCGCAAAACAUACAUGGAUACAUACCGCUUUGAAGCCAGCCUCAGCAACGGUUAUUCCACCAGAGCAUCUUUCACGGCCAGCCACAACAACCCAGCCGAUGACAAACUUACUGACAAACGAGUUCCUACAGGCAGAUGAAGAGGACCCGAAUACGCCCAGCUGUCUGGGCUUCUUGAACCGCCGGAUCCGGGACACCCGACUGGUCGAACGCUCGCUCACCAACCUAGUCCAGCCGAACUCGAUCCUCUCUUCUCCAUCUAACCCUCUCCUUCCUACUGCCCAGCCUCCCCCAUCUAGCCCGCUUAGAUCACCCCCGAAACUGCUCCUCUCUGAAGCCGAUAUCCCGAUCAUUAACUUCGAACGCGAUUGGUAUCCCGAUCAACAUUCCUCCGACUGAUCGAUGGUGAUGUUGUGAAUGAAGUGGAUGUUUCUUGUUUGGGUAGAUGUCUAUAGCCCGGGUUUAUCUCAUAUUGUACUUUUGUAAUCAAUUGCAUUUCUUCCUGUUGUUUGUAUAUCAGUGGAUAACCACUUGCGAAUCGUCCAUCCACUUCCUAGUCUCAGCGUGCCGAUGAAGGUUUUGUAAAAGGGUUAAGUGGUCAGAUUGACUAGAUUAGGCUGCGGGGUUGUCCCAGUUGAGGAGGAGUCUUUGGCACGAUCUGCUUGACAAACAUCAAUCUGCAGAACCCCUCCGAGUCAUCCUUGUAUGUAUUUGUUUUCUAUAUACAUUCUGCAGUGCCUCUGUCUGUUACGGAUGUAUCAUCGCAAUUGAUUGGCUAGAAUAUUCCGGCUGUUGGUGUCUAA